GAUCCAAUGUUUUGGUCCUUGGUCCGGGUGUUGUAGAAGAGACAUCCUUGUCCGCUUAAACCUGUCAAAUGUCACAUUUUUACAAGUAAUUUACUACGUAGGAACGGGGACAUGUUUUAUUCGCUACUUUUGACUCGCUAAUUAACGUUGCAUUUAAAACCACAACGUUAUAUCUACUGAAUACGCUUCAGCUAGCAAGUUAGCAUCAGCAUUAACAGUGUUGGCUAUGGCGGCAGUUGACAGCUUCCCUCUUCUGUACAGAGAAAUUUCUCGGUCGUGCAGCUCUUACUUUGAGGCUCUGGCCUUGGUCGGGGCUCUGUACACGGCCCACAGGACAGCAGUCCUGCUGAGGAACUGCUAUACGUUGGUCAGGGUGCAUUUUCUCCCGAGAAUCAUCCCAUGUAAGAAGCUGAGCCAAAGAUAUGGUGACUGGGCUGUCAUUUAUGGUGCAACAGAGCCAGUAGCCAAAGCGUAUGCAGAGGAGCUGGCCAGACAGGGUAUAAGCAUCAUCUUUGUCACUCAGAACCAAACCUCUGUUAGAGACACUGCUGCAUUUCUCUCCCAAAGCUACGGAGUGGAAACUGUUCUUGUCUUAGCCGACUUCUCACUGGACCAAGCAGCCAGCAAGCCCAUCAAAGAGGCCAUGAGGGGCAGAGAUAUCGGCUUCCUGGUGAACUGUGUGGAUGAGUCUUUUGCUUCACCCCAGAGCCUGAUUGAAAUGCCUGAGCAGGGCCUGUUGGAUUUGGUGAAUAGGAACAUUGCAGUUGCUACUCUGAUGACCCGUUUGGUCCUGCCGGGGAUGGUGGAGCGCAGUAGAGGCGCUGUGGUCAAUAUAUCAUCGGGUGCCUGCUGCAGACCCCUGCCUGGAAGAGUGACACUCACCGCCUACACUGGAUACCUGGAUCAUUUCUCAAGAGCUCUUCACCUUGAGUACAGCGGCAAAGGAAUCUUCAUUCAGAGCCUGAUCCCUUUCCAGAUAGCCUCAAACAGGCGACAACCAUCGUCAUCCUCAUCACCAUCAACAAGCGAAGGCUGGUUUGUACCAAAGCCAGAGGUUUAUGCUCACCACGCUAUCUCCACUCUGGGCGUCUCUAAUAGGACCACCGGCUACUGGCCUCAUACCCUGCAGUAUGGACUCCUGCACUGUAUCCCAGAGUGGAUUUGGGUUCUAGGAGCAAGUGUUUUCAUCAGUUCAAGCUAAGAACUUAACCCAGUUGAUAGAUCUUCUUGUUACAGGAGUCAUGUUGAGUUUUGGCUUUUCUUCUGCCAAUUAGUGUAAAUUUGUUCAGCUCUCAUGCUCUAUUGUGGUUGGCAGUUAAGAGAUUCCUACUGUUAGUUUGUUAUCAAUUUCUAGGGAGCCUUCAACCUACCAAGAAGUUUCCUUGAAGCAGCAAAUGAAUGCAAAGACAACCUGGUAAUAUAUAGCUUGAUGGUGGCUAGACAUGAGUUUGAGUAGGUAUUAUGAACUUGUUAAUUACUACUGAAGCAGAAUUAUUUGAUCUCAUUUCGUGUCUCGGCACUGCAUACCACAAGCCCUUAUACAAUAUUAACACUGUGAUAGUAACUCAUUUCAAUUUUGUGGGCGGACAACAUGAACCAUGAGAUACUGGUCCAUUUGCAAUGAAACUGAAUGUAUAACUAUUAUAUUUUUUAUCUGUUAAAAAAAAAAGUUUCACAGCAAAACUUUCAUGAGUCAAAACAGUGUAGAAGCACAGGUGAGAUCAAAAGCCUCACCUUCAAUAUGACAUCAAAAAGACAGAAGCAAGCAAUAAUACAGCAGUCUGAGGCCAUAAAGAUAAACUAAAUCAAAUCAGAUGAGUAAAAAGCAACAAACUCUUCAGUCUGACCUUAGGAAUUAUAUUUUGACACACAGUGGGGUUUUUUUUAUCUGCUAAUAACCUUUAUUCUGUGUGAUCUGAUUCUAAAACAAAAGGAUGAUGUUCAUAGUGAACAAACACACAGUUUAUGUUCAGGUUGUACUGCUUUUACCAGCUUUAACUACACCCACUCUGCCACACAGCAAGUGACAUUUGCCCAAAAAAAUUACACCAAUUAAAGGUACAGACUGAUCAUAUACAAAAGAGCUAUAUUAUGCAACAGUAAGAGAAAUGCAAUGCUCCAAAUAAGAGACAUGACAUGAAGAUGAAAGAGACACCUUUUUAACACGUACUCUGAAAGAAAAACUAUAGAUCUGAUUGUAUUCUUGCACUGCGGUUUUGUCUUGAGCUGAUUUGGUUUGCUGGUUUUAUCAAAUAUGGGGUUCACAUAGUGCCAGUGAGGUAUUUUACAUUCUAAAACAAAGAGUGUUUACAGGCAAAUAAAUGUGUAAAGGUGAAUGACGAGUGAACGCUUUAGGUGAAUGUGGUGUGAUCAGUAUGAUAUUCAAGCAUCUCCUCAAGUGAGACCUUUAGUAUAUGUGUAUUUUGCUCUACAUUAAUAGUUGUGUGUAAAAUUUGAACAGUUUGAGGUAUACUGUUAGAUGAUUACUCAAAUACACAGUACAAUAUAUAAAAAGAUUACAUAUACUGUUUGUGUUAUCAUAUCACACAAUUAAGCAAAUAAAACUCAUCUACCAUUCCCACA